AUGCUCCAAAUUAUUCGCACUGGCAAUCCCAGAAGAAAACCCCGACGAUUCUCACAACUUCCACUUCUCGGCUCUGCCAAAUCCCACUUCUCCGCCACUGCGCCUUCAGAUAUAGACUGUGUUGGCAUUGCGCAAUCGGUCAUCUCCAAGGCUUCUUCUCUGUUCCCCAACAGCAAUAAAGGUAAAGUCCACAACUUCAGCUCUGGUCAUUCUCUCAAGCACCUACUUUGGGAUAUCUCCGAUACCAUACCUGAUGUCGCGCGGAGGUUUCGUAGAUUCCAUAGUUUGCAACCCGCACAUGUGCUUCAAAUAUUGCUGGGUUUUCAAUUUGAAUCUCGAAUGGUUAAUGUUAAGAAGGAAAAGGUUGAAUCUUUGUGGGGGAUAUUCAAUUUUGCGAGUAAGCAGGGUAUAUGGUUUAAGCACCUGCCCAAGUCGUGUGAGGCUAUGGCCUCUUUACUCCUUGAGUCUGGGAUGUUUACAGAGGUCCAGUUGUUGCUUUUGGAAGUGGAGAGACAAGGGGUUUCGUUGGAUGGGAAUGUGAUUUAUGAUGGGUUGAUUAGAGGGUAUGUUGAAGCUAGUAAGCCAGAGAGAGCUGGUUUAGUGUAUGAGAAGAUGAGGGAGCAAGGCUUGGUCCCAUCAUCAAUGUGUUAUCAUGGUCUUUUGGAUCUUUUGGUGAGGAUGAAGAGAAGCGAAUUGGCUUUUCGGGUGUGUUUAGACAUGGUCGAACUUCAGGUUGUUUUAGAUGAUGGCUUGAAUGCUGGUUUGGAGAAUGUUUGUAGAUUACUUUGUGCGGAUGAAAUGAUUAAGGAGGCAAGGAGACUUGUGAAGAAGGCAAUGGGUUUAGGAUUUAAGCCGAGCAGCUUCCUUGUGAAUGAGAUAGCUCGUGGCUAUUGCUCCAAACAUGACUAUGAUGAUUCUCUCCAGUUCUUCGCCAAGAUGAAGUGUGCGCCAAGUGUUCUGACAGGGAACAAGAUUAUAUGGAGCUUGUGCCACAAUUUUGAUGCUGAGAGUGCAAAUUUGUUUAGGCUCGAAAUGGAGCGGCUGGGCUUCAUUCCUGAUGAUAAAAGUUUUGGGAUUUUGAUCGGUCAAUGCUGCAAGGAAAGGAAUUUAAGGGAUGCUUUCUUGCAUUUUUCUGAGAUGGUUUCAAGAGGUUUAAAACCUGGGACUUUGUCUUACAAUGCUCUUAUUGGUGGUAUGCUGAAGGAGGGCAUGUGGGAUCAAGCCGGUGUUAUUCUUGAUGAGAUGAUGGAGUCUGGAGUAACUCCUGGAUUAUCAACUUUUAGAAUUCUCCUUGCGGGAUACUUUAAAGCCAGACAAUUUGAAGAAGCAAAGAAAAUAGUUCAUAAGAUGGGGGAGAUCGGCUUAGUUGCCCCAUCUCCGGUUGAAGACCCACUUUCUAAAGCAUUUCUUAUCUUGGGAUUCAAUCCAGCCUCUGUGAGGUUUAAAAGGGACAAUGGCUCGAGUUUUCUGAAGACAGAAUUUCUUGACCAACUUGGAAAUGGACUGUAUUUGGACGCGGAUAUUAAGGAGUACAGAAACAAAGUUAAGCAAAUCCUGGAAGAUUCCCUGAUUCCUGAUUUCAAUGUGCUUUUAAGGAAGGAACUUGAUGAUGGAAACUUCAGAGAUGCUUUUUCCAUUGUAGAUGAAAUGGUUCGAUGGGGCCAGGAGCCAACUCCAGAUGUCUUUGCUAUAUUGGUGAAGGGGCUUUGUGGAUCCCGAUCCCAUAUAAGAUUGUGCAACUUCCUCAUUGAAAAAGUGCCCAGGUUUUUAAAUCUGCUAAAUGAAGAAGUCCUCAAUUGUCUUGUUCAAGCAUACUGUAAAAUUGGAUUGGCAGAGACAGCAAGGAUAAUUUUUGGUCAGAUGAUUCAAAGAAGUAUGAGGUUUGACAGUUCAAGCUUUACUGCUCUGAUUACUGCAUUAUGCAAGAAGGGAAAUUUGUCUGGUAAUCUGCAUGAGUGUUGGGACAUUUCUCAGAACAGCAAAUGGCUGCCACAGUUGAAAGACUUCAGCCGUGUUAUUGAAGGUAUCAGCUACCAGGGAAUGCUGAUGGAAGCAGUAGAGCUUCUAGAAAAAUUGUUAGUCUUCCAUUCUACCUCGAGGCCAGAGAUUUAUCGAAUUUUCCUGGAGAAGCUUUCAGUUACUGGCUUGGCAUCAAUUGCUUGUUUGGUAGUGGAAGAACUAGAGAAACAUGGAUUUAUUGUGGAUGACAGUACUUACAGUAAUCUUGUAGCAGGGUUAUACAAAGACCGGAAAUAUGCAGAUGCGUACAAAAUAUUCAACCAUGCUCUAACUAGAAGCUUGGUCCUCGGCUCGGAUGGUUAUGUAAUUCUGAUUCCUCAGCUGUGUAUUGUUAGUGUUCAGAAAGCUAAUUUACUGGAAGAGACUGAACUAGGAAAAGAUUUAUCCUCUUCCUUUUCUUUCGUCAGAGCUCUACAUAGAAGAUUCGGUGUGCGAGGAAAGGUUGAAGAAGCAGCCAGUCUGCUGCAGGGUAUACUGUCAAAUGGGCUACUUCCAAAUCCUGAAAUUUGUGAAAUUCUCUUCCAAGGAUAUUGCAAAGCAAGUAACAUGAGGAAAGCCAAAGAAUUGCUUGGUAUCCUGAUGCGGAAAAGUUUAACCCUUUCAAUACCGAGCUACCGAAAUUGGGUCCGAUUGAUGUGUAGAGAGAGUAGGUAUGAUAUGGCAUUAAACAUGAAGGACCUAAUAACAGCAAGAGAGACCGAGUCUGAUAUCCUUGUGAUUUACUAUAACAUUCUAGUUUUCUAUCUACUGUCAGCAGGUAACAGAUAUCUUACAAGGAGCAUUCUGAAUGAAAUGGAGGCGAAGAGCUUGCCCUUCAAUGAUGCCACUUAUAACUUUCUUAUUCAUGGAUUUGCCAAAUGCAAAGAUGUUUCUAGCUCUAUUUACUACAUGUCUGCCAUGGUUUCAAUGGACCUUCAGCCAAGCUCCAGCAGCUUGAGAAGCUUAGUCUCCUGUCUACUCAAGCAAGACGAUUCGAGUAAGGUCUUUGACUUGAGUCGACAAAUGGAAUCAAAAGGCUGGGUUCAUGGUUCCAUCCUUCAAAACGCAGUUGCAGAGCAGUUUCUUGUCCAAAAUAAGUUUGAAGAAGCAGAGAAUUUCCUGGAUAGGGUUGUGGAUAAAGGCUUAGCUCCAGAUAUCAUUAAUUAUGACCGUCUAAUCAAGCUAUUUUGUUGGUAUGGAAGAACAAGCAAAGCUGUUGAUCUCCUGAACAUAAUGCUGAAGAAAAGAAAUCUCCCAAACCCAAGGAGCUACGACUGCAUAAUUCAAAGUCUUUGCAAACGCAAUAGAGUGAACGAAGCUCUCGAUUUCCUUGCCGAGCUGUUGGAUAUAGAUGACGGUAAACCGAGCAUUGAGACAUGGAGUUUGUUGGUUCACAAGCUGUGUCAGGAAGGAAGAACCUCAGAAGCAGAAGAACUUCUCCAUGCCAUGCUUGCAGCUGGAGAAAUCCCCGGAAGAGAGAUGUACUCUUGUGUGAUUGAGAGUCACCGUUCAGAGAACAAUCUACGAAAUGCUUCCGAGGUGAUGGGAAUGAUGCAGAGAAGUGGAUAUGAUCCAGAUUUUGAGUCUCACUGGUCUUUGAUCAGCAACUUGAGUACCAGUUCCAUGGUGAAAGAGGCUGAUAAUGAUAAGACAAGUGGUGGGUUCUUAACUGGGCUUCUGUUUGGCAGUGGCCAUCCUGUCAGAACGAGAAGCAACCCUAAUAAGAUUAACAAACCUCUCAAAUGCCAGCUGGUACAGUUGCCGAGUACAAACCGUGUCCUGGAACCAAAUGGGGUUGGUUGGUUCAGAAAACCCAUAAAGAGACCAUCAGCUACCAAGAUGAAGGCAGAUGCUACAGUGGUGCUUGGUGAGCCAAAGGGUUAUACCGCCCAGAAAGCUGGUGUGACACGAGGGAUUGCCAUUCUAGACUUCAUCUUGAGGCUUGUUGGCUUCAUUGGUACCUUGAGUAGUGCAAUUAUGAUGGCGACGACAAACGAAACUCUUCCCUUCUUCACUCAGUUCAUUCGUUUCAGGGCCGAGUACAAUGACCUUCCAACAUUCACGUUCUUUGUGGUAGCCAAUGCUGCCGUGAGCGCCUAUUUUCUUCUAUCGCUUCCACUUUCAAUCUUCAACAUCCUGAGGAGCUCUGCAAAGAACAGUAGAAUCAUCCUUAUCAUAAUUGAUACGGGGAUGCUGGCUUUACUGACAGCAGGGUCUUCAGCUGGGGCAGCCAUUGUGUACUUGGCACACCGAGGUAAUACGAAGGCCAACUGGCUAGCCAUCUGCCAACAGUUCAACUCCUUCUGCGAGCGCAUCUCAGGAUCCUUGAUAGGAUCUUAUGUUGGAGUCACCGUGUUCAUAGUCCUGAUACUACUGUCUGCUUCAGCCCUUGCUCGCCGCUAA